AUGGAAAGGCACAUUUUCCAGACGCUGGAAGCAAAAGGCUUCACCUGGUUCUCUCACUACCGCGGUGCCAGCCUCACAUUUGACAACCCAAUCAAGUAUCCAUUCUUGGUGCUAGAAUGGAUUGAAGGCUCCUCUUCGCAACCUAUUCGUGGUACCUUGCUUGCCCAAAUAGCUCAGAUUCAACUUUCAUUGAUAUCGAGCACUUUAGAAGAGCGAUCUAUAACUGCUUCGGCCUUCUUCCAACGACGGAUCAGAAAUCAGCUUAAUCGCACGCGAUGCAGACUCUUUGCCAUGGAUCAUGGCGAUAUGAAGCCAGCGAACAUCAUUGUUGACGAAGAGUAUCAUGUAAAAUAUAUUAUUGACUGGGAUUUGCGGCAAUGGUUCCUCUCCCUCAAGCGGCGAAGUUGCCAUGUUUUUUGUGGACGGAUGAGGCAGCAAGUCACGCCCCAAGCCGAAGCAUGCUCAAGGAUAGACAACUAUACGUCGGGUCCUUUUCCUCACAAAAUUCGCAAGCAGCUCUAA